CAGGGCCACCUCGCCGACAGUGCCCUCCGCUGCGACCCCGGACCUGCCCGGGUCACGUCUGCGAAACGGAAUCAUGAAGCGCUUGGUAGCUGCCUGGCUUCUGGUUGGACUCAGCCUCGGUGUGCCUCAGUUCGGCAAAGGUGACAUUUGCAAUCCCAAUCCAUGUGAAAAUGGUGGCAUCUGUCUGUCGGGAUUGGCUGAUGAUUCCUUUUCCUGUGAGUGUCCAGACGGCUUCACAGAUCCCAACUGCUCUAGUGUUGUGGAGGUUGCAUCAGAUGAAGAAGAGCCUACUUCAACAGGUCCCUGUGUCCCCAACCCAUGCCACAACGGAGGAACCUGUGAGAUAAGCGAAGCAUAUCGAGGAGACACAUUCAUAGGCUAUGUGUGUAAAUGUCCCCGGGGGUUUAAUGGGAUUCACUGUCAGCACAAUAUAAAUGAAUGUGAAGCUGAGCCUUGUAGAAAUGGUGGGAUAUGUACAGACCUCGUUGCUAACUACUCCUGCGAAUGCCCAGGAGAAUAUAUGGGAAGAAACUGUCAACAUAAAUGCUCCGGACCAUUGGGAAUCGAAGGCGGGAUCAUAUCCAAUCAGCAGAUCACAGCGUCGUCUACCCACCGAGCUCUCUUUGGACUCCAGAAGUGGUAUCCCUACUAUGCUCGGCUGAAUAAGAAGGGACUGAUAAACGCCUGGACAGCUGCUGAGAAUGACAGGUGGCCGUGGAUUCAGAUAAAUUUGCAAAGAAAAAUGAGAGUUACUGGUGUUAUUACCCAAGGAGCCAAAAGGAUUGGCAGCCCAGAGUACAUAAAAUCCUACAAAAUCGCCUACAGUAACGAUGGGAAGACCUGGACCAUGUACAAAGUGAAAGGCACCAAUGAAGACAUGGUGUUCCGUGGAAAUGUUGAUAACAACACCCCCUAUGCUAACUCUUUCACACCCCCAAUCAAAGCUCAAUAUGUCAGACUCUAUCCCCAAAUUUGUCGAAGGCACUGUACAUUAAGAAUGGAGCUUCUUGGCUGUGAGCUUUCAGGCUGUUCAGAACCUCUGGGGAUGAAAUCAGGGCAUAUCCAAGACUACCAGAUCACAGCCUCCAGCGUCUUCAGAACACUCAACAUGGACAUGUUCACCUGGGAACCACGGAAAGCCCGGCUGGACAAACAAGGCAAAGUAAAUGCUUGGACAUCUGGCCACAACGACCAGUCACAGUGGUUACAGAUUGACCUUCUUGUCCCUACCAAAGUGACCGGCAUCAUCACACAAGGCGCUAAGGAUUUUGGUCACGUGCAGUUUGUGGGUUCAUACAAACUAGCCUACAGCGAUGAUGGGGAGCACUGGACUGUGUACCAGGAUGAGAAACAGAGAAAAGAUAAGGUUUUUCAAGGCAAUUUUGACAACGACACUCACAGGAAAAACGUCAUCGACCCUCCCAUUUACGCUCGACACAUAAGGAUCCUUCCUUGGUCCUGGUAUGGAAGGAUCACUCUGCGGUCAGAGCUGCUGGGCUGCACAGAGGAAGAAUGAAGGGACUCCACAUCCCAUCAUGCUUUUCUUUAUUUCCCGACAAGUAUCUCCAUGAAAUGAACUGUGCAAAGUCUGAUGGAAACUGAAUGGGUUCUCUUUUUCUCGUGAAAAAGUGUUCAAAUUUAUGGUAGGCUACUAACUGUCUUUUAAGGGGGUCUAAGCCUGCCUUUUCAAUAACUUAAUUUUGUUUUAUUGCACAACUCUCUUAAGUCACAUCACCCUCUCUGUGAAUUACUGUCCUUGUUCUCUGAAUUAUGUACAUUGGCUGAAGUAUAGUAGGCAAAGCAAGGCCUCCUUUUACAGCAAAGUUAAAGAAACUCAUAGUUAUCAGAUGAAAGAGUUAGGAGAGAUUUCAUGGUUACUGUUCAACCAACACUUAUAAAACAUUCAAUUUUAGCAAUAAGGAUUUUUUCCUGUAACGAAUUGGAUUAUCUGGAUGGUUUCCCUGUGCCUAACACUGUUAGUGUUUAUUACAGAGAUUUGGAGAAGACUAUAUGAUAUGCAGUACCAAUCAAUAUAACAAUUCUAUUUUUAUUUUCUUUACUUCUAAUAAAAAAGGAAGUUCUUUAUGUUCAAGUUUAUAUUAUUUAUAUGUGACAUAAAUAGGCUAUUAUUUUUCUCAUUGAAUUUUCCCCCUGUAUUUAACUGGAAGUGUUGUGUUUAUUCACGUACAUGGAGCAUCUAUUAAUAUACAUUGAACAUGAUUGGUUAUCAGUAAAUGGGUCUAUAUUUAAUAUGAGUACAUUUAACCUGAAUUUUCAUGUUUGAAGGAAGCCUUAUCUCAUUCCCUAAGGCUUCCUUUUCUGAGACUCCCUUAUCAUUUAGUGAAAAAGAACAAAACUAUCAUGACCCUGGAAUUUAAAUCUUCAUUUCUUUGAAAGAAUAGAAUCAUUCUCUAUAUAUUGAAGAUAUUGUACAUGAGCCUCGUGCUGCCCAGCUUGGCCAAGUGUUCUCAACAUUUCUUUGCAGAUUUCCACGUUUCCUGUGAAAACAAAAUUUCUGUGCUGUUUGAAAUCAGUGGUAGCUUCUCGAGAAAGCACAUUGCAUAAUUAUUGGUGAGAAGCAAUGCAUUUACUAAUGACAAAGUCAUAAACCAUUUUCAAGAUGAAAAUUGAUUUCUAUUUCUUUUGCUUCAAACGUCCUAGAAAAAAAAUAAACAAUUCUCAUAAUAAUUUGUUAUUGAUAAUGGCAGCAUCAUCAACAUAUGUCUCAAAUUAAAGCUCAGGCUGCCUCCAUAAAUGUCCUCCACAUCUAAUUUAUAAGCUUUACAAGUAUUUAUUACAUAAGGCCCAGACAUAGAAUUAUCGGAGUUUUAAAUGGAGCGUUCAGGAAAAGAAAGGAUGGUAUGUAAACGAAAUGCUAAAGUCCUGCAAACACUGCUGUGUCUUAUUUCCUUUUCCCUUUACUGUGUGUGCUGCCCAAGGAAAGCCACUUUUGUCGUGUUCUGUCUGUCCAUGUGAUCACAGCACCUCUCAAUGAUGUAAUUAUGGAGUGGUCUUCAAUCACAGUGAAGAACUGAAAGAGAAAGUCAAUCAGAUUGCCAUUUUAAAUGACAGCAAAUACAUUGCUCUGUGGGGGCUGUCAGGCCCAAUGUUUGCCCCAUGCCCACAUGCUUACUAUACCAGGUUUGUUAAUAAUCCUGUUGAUUUUCAGUAUAUAAAAUGCUGAACACUUACCAACAUUUUCCAAAAACAAAAGUGCUAUGUCCUGAAUACUGUUGUCCUAAAUAAUGUUUAAAAUUAUCAACAUAGAAUGUUUAAAAUAGUAUUUUAAAUUAAAAUAGCAGUACAUAGAAUU